CUUGCUUGGAAAUCAUCUACUUCGGGAAUACUAUCAGCACCGGGCGAGUUCGAGAUGACAAUGCGGCUUUCUGAGAUUAUGCUGACUGGUAUCAAGAAGGUUUCUAAUGCUGGCCAUAACCUCAAGCAGGAGCUACCUUUACUUUCAAAAUACUUUGUCUAUACUGGACUUCCACGUGAGGCACCUACGACCAUCGAGGAAUCGCAGUCACUCCGGAAUUGGCCAACCGAUGGUGCUGUUGAGUUCAGGAAUUACAGCAUGAGGUAUCGCGAGAAUCUGGACACUGUUCUGAACGACAUUUCGUUUUCAGUUGGCUGCAAGGAGAAAGUUGGUAUCGUUGGACGCACUGGUGCUGGCAAGUCGUCGCUGACAUACGCACUACUGCGCCUAAUCGAGCCAGCAGGUGGCUCUAUCUUCAUCGACGGUGUGGACAUCUCAACAGUUGGUCUCCAGGAACUUCGUUCCAAGAUCAGCAUCAUUCCACAGGAUCCAGCUCUAUUUGUUGGCACCAUCCGCGAGAAUCUGGACCCGCUGGAGGAGUUCACCGACGAUCAAGUCUGGGAAGCAGUUUGCAAGGCCCAUAUCGAAGAUCUUGUCAAGAAACCAACACAGACUUGGGAUAUUGAUGACGAUAAGAGUGGCCCGUGGGUCGAAGGAACAGGUCUGGACAAGUGGGUGGAGGAUGACGGGAAAAACCUUAGCGUCGGUCAGCGCCAGUUGGUCAGUCUGUGUCGCGCACUGCUCUGGAAGCGCAAGAUCUUGGUUCUUGAUGAGGCGACGGCAAAUGUCGAUACAAAGACGGACCAAAUCAUGCAACAUGCUAUCCUUGAGGAAUUCAAAGACCGCACGAUUUUGACCAUUGCGCAUCGGCUCAGGACCGUCAUGGACAGCGACCGGAUACUAGUCAUGGAUCAGGGCAGGGUCGCCGAGUUUGACACUCCAUCCAACCUGUUGGCACAGGACUCGCUGUUUAAAGACCUUGUCGAGAGUAUGGAACUCAACGAGAGAUGCUGAGUUUACUCCAUGAAUAUAGUGCCAAAUUUAGGUGACAGCUGUCCUUGCAAUCAGUUCAAAUAUGAAGUAUAUAUGUUUUCUAA